AUGAAUACUUUUAACGCUGAUGAUCUCUUGGGUUCACCUUUCUCAAAUUGUAAAGAGGGAGUGAAUGUGAGGCCAUUCUCCCCGAAAACGGAAGCUCUAUCGAGUAAAUUAUACUCUAGCUAUGAGGAUUAUACAAAGUUCGAUGAUGAGUCGUUUCUUUCAUACAUUGUAUUGUUGGACAGAACAAUCAGUAAUGGAAUGAGCUGCAACCCUGUUAUGAAAAGAAGUAUUAUGGAUUCUAUUUUGAGCCUUCAAUCUCUUUUAUACCGACAAUCUAAUGAAAGUUGGAAUAUAUCUCAAAACAUUCUAUUCUUAGCCAAACAAUUAUUUUUCAAAGCUUGUGCAGAGUACUUAGUGUUCUUAAAGAGUGGACCUAGUGUAUACUCGCAUGUUUUGCAUUCACUGUCAUAUCAAUGUGGAAAGAAAGCAUCUGAUUCAACCCAAGAUUUCAAAGCUUUCUCAUCAUCUAUGUCACUAGUUUCUAUCAUGUCAUUAGCUCUAGUCGAGUUCUCCAAUAUGCAAACUCUGUGGGAAAAUCCUGAGUUGGCUGAUAAAAUUGUUCAAGAGCUUAUACCUGAAGAUGGAGCCAUCAGACGACUUCGCACUGCUCUGAUCACUACCACUCUGUCUGAUUUCUCAGCUUUUAAUCCUAAUGUCAACAUACAAGAUAUCACUAAUCAUUCCGAGAAUAUUUUACCUUUUUUGGGUGAGAAAGACGUUUUCAAAAUCCUCAUUUUGCUUCAGUCAUUCCCUCCAACGUCUGAUGAUUAUGCUGUUCCUUUUACUCCUUUAUUGGUCAGCCAAACCGUUUUCAAGAGCUUAGCAAAGCCUCAAAGCAUGAAUUUGCAAAAGAUUGAUUCUCAUUCAUUCACACAAAUGGACGCUGAAUUAUACCUUGUAUGGACAAUGCUGUGGUGUAGACUCGAAUCGCCGAGAUGUUCUCGUCAUUCUUAUCAAGCAUUACCCAUAUCCAACGAGCAGUAUAAACUCUGGCAGGCUAUUGUAAGCUAUGUUGAGGGAAACCAAAGAAAUCCUGCGAUUCUCUUGCGAAUUCAGAAAGUUAUGGAGUCAGUUCGUCUGCGUGUUAAAGGUUUCAAUCUUAAAUUAGCUUUUGCUGUGUUCAGAUGGAUGAGAAGAGCUGAGUAUGUGGCCGAUUGGACGGAUUUAUACGCUCAUAAAAUAGGAGACGCUAUUGCCAAUUGUAUUUUACCAUCUCGAUCAAGUGAUAAUGCUUUCGUCGUAACUACUCCCAAUGCACUGAUUGAUGUCGAAGAAGAAGCCAUAAUCUCUGCAGUUCUGUUGAAGUAUAAUGUAGGACAAUGUAUAGCUGCUGAACAGUACGCAGAUGCGGAAAGAUUGUUGUUAACCAGCAAGAGCACGGAAUCCAAGAAAGAUCUAUCAAAACUCUACGAGCAUUGGUCUAAAUUUGCCGUCGGCACAGACAGAAUAGAAUUAGGAAAGAAAAUGGAUAUUCUCGAUUCGGAUCUCUCAAGUUUGGGUUUGAAGACACCUAAAAUCAACUUCGACGAGUCCGUCGUUUCAUCAAGAAAUGAUUUCUUGAAUGAUACCAUUUCCAUAUUCCUAGAAGAAGGAAAGAGUCCUGAAGACAUUAUAACAAAUUCUUUCAAGAAAAAUAUAAAAUUCUUAAGUUGCCCAGCCGGAAACUCGAAGAAUUUGUUUGGGAACCAAAGUCCAACUGUCUUUUCUUCUCCAUUGAACGAAUCAAGAAAAACCAAUAACGUUAAUGAAUCUUUCGCGUCUGCCGAUGCAUCUUUCCAUUCCCUGAAAUCAGAAGCUACAACCAUAGCAAAUCAUUCCUUUGCUAGUGCGCUAGAAAGUCCGUAUAAAGAAGGAAACUCAUUUGUGUCUAAUUCUUCACCAGUUCGUAAAAACGAUCCCAUUCAUCUUGAUUUAGACGAUAGUGAUGUGAAAGAGGCUGAUCAAUCCGUGGCUCUUUCUCAAUCUUCAAAUCUUGACAUUAGGUCACCUCCAGUUGUUCAGAACGAAGAACAAGAAGACAUGGAGAAUUUCUACAUGGAGUUAAUAAUGUUAAAGUUAGAAAAUACUCGAAAGAUGAUGGACAAUUUCUCGAAACGCAAUCCUGUAUAA